ACUUUCGGCCGUUUAUUCAGUCCACGACCGUCUCUCCAUCGCGACAGACGAACGGACGGACAUGUUCAUUAUAUAAAACAAGGUAUCGAACAUAAUCUCCCGCUCGCGGAGUAGUGCUGUGUCCGUGGUUAACUACAUAGACUGUAAACGUGCGAUAUUCUGUUUUGUGGUUUUACUCGUGUGAAUUAAACAGACAUAAUGUGGCCGCCAAGAUUGAUAAGGUGGACGUUCACAGUUCUUCUCUUAGUUGCAGUCUUCGCCCCAUCGACAGAUUCCUCAAAUGUCCGCAGAAGACUCCGUAAGCCAAGCAAAGUGACCACAUCAGUUUCGACCAGCGUAUCGAGAUCCUCAGAUCAGGUUAUAUCCGCUAGCGUGAACAGGCCAAAGAUCCGUGGUCGUCCGAGCGUAGCCAGUCGUAAAUCAUCUGCCGCUCUUGAUAACUCUGUUGGAACAGAUGACCAUAGGGAUAAAGAUGGUUAUAAGGUGGUCUGCUACUACACCAACUGGUCCCAAUACAGGACGAAAAUUGGCAAGUUCAUGCCAGAAGACAUCCAGCCAGACCUCUGCACCCACAUCAUCUUCGCUUUCGGCUGGAUGAAGAAAGGAAAGCUCAGCUCCUUCGAGUCCAACGACGAGACAAAGGAUGGCAAAACUGGGCUGUACGACAGAAUUAAUUCGUUGAAAAAGGCCAAUCCCAAGUUGAAGACCUUGCUCGCUAUUGGUGGUUGGUCCUUCGGUACCCAGAAGUUCAAGGAAAUGUCAGCUACCCGCUACUCCAGGCAAACGUUCAUCUACUCAGCUAUUCCCUACCUUCGUGAUAGAAACUUUGAUGGGCUGGACAUAGAUUGGGAGUACCCCAAGGGUGGUGAUGAUAAGAAGAACUUCGUGAUGCUGUUAAAAGAGUUGCGAGAGGCGUUCGAAGCAGAGGCCCAAGAGGUGAAGAAGCCGCGUCUGCUUCUGACAGCUGCUGUGCCCGUCGGCCCAGAUAACAUCAAGAGUGGAUACGAUGUGCCUGCUGUUGCCAGCUACCUCGACUUCAUCAACGUCAUGGCUUACGAUUUCCACGGUAAAUGGGAAAGGGAGACAGGCCACAACGCUCCUCUAUACGCGCCAUCUUCAGACUCCGAGUGGAGGAAGCAGCUGUCGGUAGACCAUGCGUCACACUUGUGGGUUAAGCUUGGAGCUCCUAAGGAAAAGCUAAUUAUUGGUAUGCCAACCUACGGCCGUAGUUUCACCCUGUCUAAUGUCAACAACUUCAAAGUGAAUUCCCCGGCGAGCGGAGGCGGGAAGGCCGGCGAGUACACAAAGGAAGGAGGCUUUCUUGCGUACUAUGAGGUCUGCGAUAUUCUGAGGAACGGUGGAACUUAUGUUUGGGAUGAUGAAAUGAAGGUGCCAUAUGCUAUCCAUGGUGAUCAGUGGGUCGGUUUCGAUGAUGAGAAGUCAAUUAGGAACAAGAUGAGGUGGAUCAAGGACAAUGGUUUCGGAGGUGCCAUGGUGUGGACUGUAGAUAUGGACGACUUCUCUGGUACCGUGUGUGGUGGCAACGUCAAGUACCCUCUUAUUGGUGCUAUGAGGGAAGAACUCCGUGGAAUAUCUCGAGGCAAAGAUGCUAAGGACGUAGACUGGUCAUCCGUAGCGGCUAGCGCAGUUAUUGAAGUCACAGAAAAACCACAACCCAUCAAGAUCAGCCUCUCCGAUGUACUCAGCAAAGUCAAGAAACCCACUAAGACCAUUAUCGUGAAGAAUAACAAUGCCGCUGUUGUUGAUAAGAACAAGCGCGAGCCUCAGAUCCUCUGCUACCUCACGUCCUGGUCCUCAAAACGACCAAGCGCUGGAAGGUUCACACCAGAAAACGUGGACCCGAACCUCUGUACCCACGUCAUCUAUGCCUUCGCGACUCUGAAGGACCAUAAGCUGGCUGAAGCUGAUGAAAAGGAUGCUGAUAUGUAUGAUAAGGUCGUCGCUUUGAGAGAGAAGAACCCGAAUUUGAAGAUUUUACUUGCCAUCGGCGGCUGGGCGUUUGGAUCUACGCCUUUCAAGGAGCUUACAUCUAACGUGUUCAGAAUGAAUCAAUUCGUCUAUGAAGCUAUUGAGUUCCUGAGGGAUUACCAGUUCAACGGCCUGGAUAUUGACUGGGAGUACCCGAGAGGGGCAGAUGACCGUGCAGCUUUCGUAUCCCUCCUCAAAGAAUUGCGUCUCGCGUUCGAAGGCGAGGCCAAAACCUCUGGACAGCCGCGACUCCUGCUCUCUGCAGCUGUACCAGCUUCCUUCGAAGCUAUCGCCGCUGGUUACGAUGUGCCAGAAAUCGCCAAAUACUUGGACUUCAUCAAUGUGAUGACGUAUGACUUCCACGGACAAUGGGAGAGGCAAGUUGGGCACAAUAGUCCACUCUUCCCGCUCGAGAGCGCCACCAGCUAUCAGAAGAAACUAACAGUGGAUUACUCUGCCAGGGAGUGGGUGCGACAAGGAGCCCCUAAAGAAAAGCUGAUGAUCGGUAUGCCAACAUACGGAAGGUCGUUCACUCUUAUCAACGAGACGCAGUUUGACAUUGGCGCCGCUGCGUCUGGCGGUGGUCAAGCCGGUCGCUACACCAACGAGGCUGGCUUCAUGUCAUACUACGAGAUCUGCGAUUUCCUCAGAGAGGACAACACCACCCUCGUGUGGGACAAUGAACAGAUGGUGCCGUUCGCGUAUAGGGACGACCAGUGGGUUGGCUUUGAUGAUGAGAGGUCAUUAAAAACUAAGAUGGCAUGGCUCAAAGAAGAAGGCUUCGGUGGAAUUAUGGUUUGGUCUAUCGAUAUGGAUGACUUCAGAGGGUCAUGUGGAACUGGAAAGUAUCCGCUCAUCACUGCCAUGAAACAAGAACUCGGUGACUACAAGGUCAGGCUGGAAUACGAUGGACCGUAUGAGACAUCGAGCGGCAGUGGACAGUACACUACUAAAGAUCCCAACGAAGUGACCUGUGAAGAAGAAGACGGCCAUAUCUCCUACCAUCCAGACAAAGCCGACUGCACCAUGUACUACAUGUGCGAGGGGGAGAGGAAACACCACAUGCCGUGCCCCUCUAACCUGGUCUUCAAUCCCAAUGAGAACGUCUGUGAUUGGCCAGAAAAUGUAGAAGGUUGCCAACACCACACGCAAGCUCCUGCUGCUAGGCGAUAAGGGUUAAAAUCCGCUAUAACUCGUGGAAUGUUUUUUUGUUUUGUAGAAAGGAAUAGAGCAAAAAUGAAUCCUUUCCUAUAGUAUAUUUUUGUCGCAAUUGCUUGGCAUAUUGCCUUUUGAUCGACCCUUUUUCAAUUAUAGUUUUAUAAACGAUUUAAUUAGAUUAUCGCCCCACAUUGAUAAUGUGUCUCCUGUUCUGUUGCAUCAAUCUUCUAUUGUUAUAUAUUUUCA